CACAGAAAUUGCAAGUAGAACUGUUGUCAGUAGACGAGGAAGGGGAUUCUGCGUGCUACGACUUCAUCACCGAAGAAGAGGAAUUUGAUGCUGCGCGUGGAAAAAAGACAGACACUAUCAGUUCCACUGACAACUCUGGAUAGUGGCGAGAAGAAGCAGCAGGAGAGCAGACUGUGGGAAGCCAACAUACCAGCAUACCACCACUAAAAAGAUAAGGCUGCAAAAACACUUUUAACUUCACAGAAGGAAAGAAGGGAAAAGUAACCUUGGUUCUGCUCAGGCAGAGGAGUCAAGAGUUUUAAGAAUAAAAGGAAAGUACGAGAGCUUUAUUGAAGUGUAAGAGGAAAACAGAAGUAGUCUCAAGAAGAAGUAAGAAAAGCAGCAACAACCUGGAGGAGGAACAGCAAGAGGUCCACCGGGCCCUACAACACAAUUUCACUAUGAGUAUGAGUGGUACUCUAGAGAAGGGGGCCCACCAUCAGACCUUGGACCUGUCAGAGGAACUGCCGCCUCAUCACCACCAUCAUCACACCAACCACCACCACCACCUGCACCACUCUAACUCAAUGGCCUCCACCACUGCUGUGGGUGGAGGCAGAGACACACCUUCACGUGUGGUCGUACCUCCUCCGUAUUCUGCAGCAGAAAGUGGUGGUGUGGGCAGUGAAGCUCCUCUGGAGUUGAGGGGAUCCCUGGACUGCUGGGCCUGCUCCGUACUGGUAACAGCUCAGAAUCUGCUGAUUGCUGCAAUCAAUGCCUGCCUCGCUGGAGUGGUGUUUGGCACCGUCCUGACGCCAGCCAUCGUCAUGGUGGUGUUUGGCUUUCUUUGCCACUCUACAGUCCGCCCUCAUGGGACGACCCCCUACUGCUCAGACCUGCUGACUGACGGAGGCUGUGUGGCUCUACUGGUGGUGGGCUUCCUCUUGGUGACCCCACUGCUGGUCUUGGCACUGGCUGCAUACUGUCGCCUGGCCCGACACCUCCAGCUGGGCCUGUGCUUCAUCCCGUACAGCCGGGCCGUGUACAAGAACCUGCCAGCCACGCGACACCACGGCAUUUGCACUGGCUGCUGCGGUGGCCGAGAUGGAGCUGAGAGUAGUGGGAAGGGAAAAGUGUGGGUGUGAGAAAUGGCAGAGAAAGAUGAAAAAGAUUAGAUGAAGAAUAUGCAGGGACUGAACAUAAGGACAGGGAGAGGGAAGGGGGUUGUAGGGGAUGAGUAGAAAAAGCAGGAGAUAACCAACUAAACAUUCUGGACGACAAGUUACAUCGUUAUAAUUACUAUUAACUCACCCCAAUACUUAGACAUUAUUUACAGAGAAGAAAAAUAUAGAGUGUAAUAGCUAUUUUAAAAUUUCAAGACAAAAUAAAUGGGUUAUAUUUAUAGGAAAAUAUUCAAAGGUGCGUCACAAAAUCUGACUGUCAAGGUAACACAAAGAGCUAUAAACUUAACAUGUCAUGAUAAAACAAGAAUGCAUCUCAUCAGACCUGCAUGUGACCUGAAUUAACAAAAAUAAUAGAAAAAUGGUUGUAUUGACACUAAACAUUACUGUAUCCUCACAUGCAUUUUAUUAUGAAUCUGUGUCUAGUGUAGUUUUGU